AUGAAAGUUCUACUGUGGGUACUAGUUCUAGUGAUCUCGUUGUUUACAUCAUCUCAUACAAAUCCCACCUCCGAAACAUACACCCUCAUCAACGCUACCAAUUUAGCAAAGCCAAACUGCUCGAGCCGAUGCGGAGACGUUAUUGUUCCCUACCCUUUUGGCAUCGGCAACAACACAAAUUGCUCUAUAGGCUCUGGGUUCAAUAUCUACUGUGACAAUUCUUCACGCCCUCCAAAGGCCUAUCUUUUAGAAGGAAAUUAUAACUCAGUCACAUCGAUAUCUGACUCCACACUGCGGACUACAAAUAUGGUGGCUUCCAUAUGCUAUUCUCAAAAUGGCUCUAUUGACAGUUCAUUCAAUAUUUCCACGGAUUAUACUGGUUCGGUGUACACCUUGCCAGAAGUGAACAAGUUCACGGUCAUCGGCUGUGCAGAUUAUGCUUGGCUGACUUCAAGAACAAACUCAAGGGACGUGUCUACAGGUUGCAUGACCAUUUGCUCAACACUGGAUGAUGUUGUAGCGGACGGAUGUACAGGAAGUGGUUGUUGUCAAUCAUCCAUACCCCAUGACAUAAACUACUAUACAACUCGGCUAGAUACCUUGCGGGAUCCGGGCAACAUAAGCUAUACAAGGUCUUUUAAUCCGUGUACGUAUGCGUUUGUCGGUGAGGAGAACUCAUUCAAUUUCAGUGGUAUAACAGAUUUGAACGAUACUUCGUUGAAGGAAAAGAUUGAAGCUAAUGUCUCAAUAGUGCUUGAAUGGGGUAUUGGUAACCUGAGUUGCAUUGACGCCAGAAAAAUAGAUGGUUUUGCCUGCCAAUCAAACAGUGAGUGUGUUGAUUCAACGAGGGAAAGCCAUGGGUACCGUUGCAUCUGUAGUGAAGGCUAUGAAGGAAAUCCCUAUCUAUCCCCUGGCUGUCAAGACAUCAAUGAGUGCGACGAUAAAAGUAACAUCAGCUGCUAUGGUCAUUGCGUUAAUACUCAAGGGAGUUACAACUGUACAUGUUUACCAGGAUACACUGGUGAUGCAACAACACCAAAGGGCUGUCAACCUGCUUCUAAAGACUUCAAAUUCCCAGUUAUAUUAUUCACUUUAGCACUCGUGAUUGGCUUGCUGGCUAUAUUGUUAGGAUUAACUGGGAUUUUCUUUGGCAUAAGGAAAAGGAAACUAAACAAGCUACGAGAAAAAUUCUUUGAGAAAAACGGGGGGGUGUUUCUUAAACAAAAGCUCAAGGCACCGGGGACCAACGAGGCAAUGACUAUCUAUAGCACUGAACAGCUCCGAAAAGCGACUCAUAAUUACUCUAAUGAUCAAAUCAUUGGCCGAGGUGGUUAUGGUGUUGUGUAUAAAGGAAUUUUGCAUGAUGCACGCGUUGUUGCAAUAAAGAAGUCUAAAGUAGUUGAUGGAAMCCAAACAGAACAAUUCGUCAAUGAAGUCUUGAUCCUUACACAAGUCAUACAUCGAAAUGUUGUUAAGCUUUUAGGUUGUUGUUUGGAAGAGGAAGUCCCRGUACUAGUUUAUGAAUUCAUACCUAAUAACACGUUGUUCUAUCACAUUCAUCAUAGACCAGGUGGAAUGAGUUGGUUAUCGUGGGAAAAUCGAUUGAGAAUUGCUGCUGAAGUUGCAGGUGCACUUGGAUACCUUCAUUCACAAGCUAGUAUGCCUAUCAUACACAGAGAUGUGAAGUCUACCAAUAUAUUAUUAGAUGAUAACUACACCACAAAAAUUUCUGAUUUUGGUGCUUCAAGGUUGGUUCCAUUAGAUCACGAUCAAGUCACCACUCUUGUUCAAGGCACACUUGGGUACUUGGAUCCUCAAUACUUCAACACUAGCCAACUGACUGACAAGAGUGAUGUAUAUAGUUUUGGAGUGGUCCUUGCAGAACUCAUAACAGGACAAAAACCCCUUUGUGCAGGUAGAACAAAUGAAGAAAAGAAUUUAGCAACAUACUUUGUCAAGUCGAUGAAAGAAAAUCGCCUAUAUGAAAUUGUUGAACCACGAGUGCUACGUGAAGGGACUUUAGAACAGAUACAAGCAGUAGCUGAGUUGGUACGGAGAUGCGUUAAGUUAGAUGGUGAUGAUAGACCUACAAUGAAAGAUGUGGCAAUAGAGCUAGAGGGCUUGAGGAAGUUUACAACUCAUCCUUGGGUUGAGCAGCAAACAAAUGAAGAAUCAAGAAGCUUAAUGUUAGAAGUCGAACAAUCUGAUCUUUACAGUGUGCCGUUGGUCCCAUAUAGCUCAAACGAAUGGGCAUCUUAUUCAGGUAGUACUCAAAUGAGGUUUCCAGAAAAUGAACCGCGUUAACUUGUUGGGCUACUUGCUAUAGUAUCAAUUGAGAAUCGCGACAAUGCUUUCAGCGACAUGAAAAUCUUCCAUCUCUGAUAACUUCUUCAAGGGUUGUUGUCUCGUAAUUUGAUUGAAUUUAUCAUGUUUUUCCUUAUGAACUCGUAUAUAUCCGUGUGAAGCUUGUAGUAG